AUGCCGGACUUGGAUGAGAUGGAGCAGAACCAGGUGUUCGACAAGUACUUGUUGAACCCAAACUGGACAAGCAAGAUGUCGUGGGACUUCUUUGUGAUGUUUUUGGUGCUUCUGGACUCCAUCAUUCUGCCUUUUCAGCUGGCCUUCAAGUACGGCAUGCCAGAUGAUGGCUUUGACGAAGUCUGGUUCUAUAUCACGACCAUUGUCUUCUUUGCAGAUGUAGGGCUUUCAUUCAAUACGGCGAUUGAAAGGAAGGACAGUCCGGGGACGUGGAUCCUUUCCCGCAGGCGAAUAGCGUGCAUGUAUCUGAAGGGUUGGUUUUCUAUUGACUUCUUCAGCACAGUGCCAUAUGGGAGAUUGGCAGAAAGCAUCUUUGGUGACAACGGUGGUGCCGGUGCCGUUCGUCUCCUGAAGAUGCUCAAGUUCUUGCGAAUCAUGCGGCUUAUGAAGAUGCUGCGCAUGUCGAAGCUGAAAGCUGUCUGGGAGAGAAUCGAGGUGCGAAUUGGCUCCAUUGCGAUCAUUCAAAGCAUCAUGCUCAUGAAAGUCCUUGCCUUUGUCAUUGCGAUGUGCCAUUGGAAUGCUUGCCUCUUUUGGGUCAUCGGCAGCCCAGAUAGCCUUCUGGUAGACCUAAUGCCUGCUGAGAUGGCAUCGAACUUCCGAAGUUUGAACCAUUGGACGACGCUUCCCAGGAAAGAUGGCCCAUAUUCAGGUGACUGGACCUAUGAGCAGAAACCGAUGGAGGAACAGUACAUCUUUUGCUUUUAUUGGACGCUCGGGGUGAUGCGGACGAUGCCUGCGGAGGUAACCCCGGUGAACUUUCCGGAGCGGAUCUUUGUGUUGCUCUUCAUGUUCUUUGCGCUCUCCGCCUUUGCCGUAUCCGUUGCAUCGUUGACACAGGCCUACUUCAAGAUCUUUGAGCGGGGUCGCAGCUUCAACGACGAGAUGUUCUUUGUUCGGAUGUAUCUCAAUAGGUUUGAGGCAGCCAAGCCGCUAGAGCAGCGUGUCAAGGCCUUCUUGGCACACCUGUUCGAGCGCCGGCGCAUCUUAGCAAAAGAGACAAACCUCAUGGAGAAACUUCCGGACGUACUGAAGAACGAGGUCCAGAACAUGCUGAUUUCUUUCCACUUGCAAAACCUCGACAUAAUCAAGGACUUAGGUAAGGGUGCCAUCCAGGAAAUAUGUGCGGCAUCCCACCUACAGGACCACAUGCCCGGUGUGGUAAUUUGCACCAUGGGGCAGGUCGCCGAGUAUGCGUGGAUCAAGUGUUCUGGUCGGCUACAGCUUCUGGAUGAGAACGGCGACAGAAUCAUGACCGCGGAAGGAGCAGGUCGAGCUCAGGCGCCGACGAUCGUGGAUCGGGAGACAUUGACCACGCCUGAGCCGUACAGAUCGCCGUUGACGAUCCAGACGGCCACGGUGUGCGAGCUGUUGCAGAUAAGCAAGGCUACGUUCCUUAAGUUCGCGGGUCAAGACCAAGCUGGGGCGACGAGGAUAUGGAGGAAGAAGUUCCAUGCUGCGAACACAGGAAUCAUCAAGGUCCAGUUUUCAGGCUUGGAGACCGACGAGCAGCAGAACACGGUCUGCGCGUCCGCCACCACGGCCGUCCUCAUGUCGGGCCACUAG